AAACGUCAAGUUGUAAUGGUUAGAAAGGAACAUAUGAACAACAGUUUGGUUGUUCGGAGAAUCCGAUACGUUGAAUGUCAGAAGAAUCAUGCGGCGAAUAUGGGCGGUUAUGCCGUUGAUGGGUGUCGGGAAUUUAUGGCCGGCGGCGAAAGCAACGCUCCACUAAUAUGCGCUGCGUGUGGUUGUCAUCGGAACUUUCAUCGGAAAGAGGAAACUUCCGAGGUAGUUGGUGCUUCUUAAUAAAUUUAUUUAUUUACAUAUAACAUUGGAAAGUACAA